AUGGGCAGACUGCUGAGAAGGGUCUCAUUCGUAGUCUCAGAGCAAGCUGGCAGAGCGACAUCAAUCAUUUCCAGUUCGGUGAUCUCAGCUGCCCGCACAAUCCGUAAAACAGAAGGGUUUCCAUUCAUCGAACCUUCUCAUGCUCUCACAAAGAGAGCUUAUCCCAAGCAUCAAUUAGAAGUUGAACCAGGCCUGAAUUGGAAGGUUCCAAGCAUAAAUUUGGAGGUCGAGUCAUAUCGUGAAGGUGGCCCUCAUGGUUUUCGUGACAAGAGACUGGUUAAAAAGAUCCAAAAAUACAAGAUACGGAUCCCUAUACGAGAUGAAGGACUGAAAGUUGAACAACAUCAACAUCUUCGGCUUAUUCAUGACACCUUUGCUAUCCUAGAAAGCAAGGAGCGUUUUGCACCUUCAAACAUUGAAAUUCUAAUUCGAAAUCUCAAAGAAUUAGGCACCGGGCCACAGCUUUCAGACCUUGUGCCUGAAGGUGUAAAAGGCGGUGCCUCAAGGUUUGAAAUACGUUUAUUUGAUGUUCUAAUAAGAUGCUUUGACGAGGAGAAAUUGCAGUGGUGGUGCCAACUAUAUGAUUCUUGGCACUCACUGAAUACAAGCUUUUUGGACGAGGUCAGCAUAAUCCUUCAAAUGAAAGAUCUCAGAAAAGCCUUGCACGAAUUAAGGGUGAAAGCCCAGAUGGCAAACUCGAUUUCAAAAAACCGGCCAAAUUCAAAGUCAUCGCCCGUUGAAUCCCAGACCGGGACGGUUGAUCGUGAUGAUCGGUCAUAUUUGUACAGAAAAAUUGACUUGAUCUCCCCUGGAAUCUGGAAAUUUUGCCUACCGAUGAAAAAUAACAAGUUAGAUUUAACAUUCUUGCGAAGCAACCCGAUCGCUCGCUUGAGUUGGUUUUUGGAUGGCUUGGAUCCGGCUGAAAUGAUUGCAUACGCCCAAGCGCUUCAUAACCCUCGGCUGCUCUCCCUGCCAGAACUGAUGAGAAGACAGCUUGUACUCGAGCAGGCUUACAAGGCCGAACCAAGCCAAAAAUUUGCAGAAGCCAGUUGGUUUGUACAACGCAUAGGUUGGGAUCAAUUUCAAAGAAUCAUACUGGAAUUCGAGAGAUUACCACAACACAAUCGCAAGCUUAAGGUAGGAGGGCCCUCAAGCCGCGGGACUAGAGACAUAUUCAGUACAGGAAAAAAUUUGCCACAUUGCUUGAGCGAUCUAUCGGAGAAAAAAAAAACUGAUAUUUCGAAGAAAGCGUUGAAUCUUUCCCAGAAAGGGCUGAAUGAUCUUUCGAAGAAAGAGUUGAACGAUAUUUUGGAGAAGAACAAAUUUCCUACGAUUAGCCCGGAGGACAACCUCUCGUCGAACAUGAUGGAUUGGCUGAGAAACUUGUGCCUUGAGCUGGUUAAACGACUCCAAAGUUGGAGUGAGCCGGUUUCCAGAUUGGGAAAUGUCUUCAUGAGCAAGCUGUUAUUUUGCCGCCAGUGUUCAAAAUUCUAG